AUGAGUAAAGAGAAAUCUUGGAAAGGAUUCGAUCAGCUUCUCGUUUCUCCUGCUGUACGAUGCAGAAGGUCGUUGAACCAAAGUAAUGGCCGACGUGGACAGCGGAGGUCCCGCUCAAGCAAACACGGCAGCAUAUUACAUGCAGGAGACCAGGGCGAUGAUUGGCAGAUCGAUGACCAUUCAGAUGAUGAAACGUUGGCCAGUGUAAUCAAUGCAAGCGACACAACGCUUCCUUCAACGAUUACAUCGUCUGUGCCACAAUCGUUGAAUCCUGCCGAAAUUACGAUUGAACGCAGACAUCAGUCAGAUUCGGAAGUAGAACACAUCUCAGAAGAUGAAUGUCGUCGUCCCCAGUAUGAUACUACAUCCAAUUCUUCCGAUUCGGACGAUUGCCUGGCAAUAAGCUGCACUAAGAGCAGAAUGACGCGAUUACAAUUUCUGGACAAAAAUCCACUCAAAAGGCGCAGAAUUACGGACGAUAUGGAUGUAUCGUUCGGUGUUGGUACGAGUAAAGCUAAAAAUCGGCAACGGCAGGAUAUUAUUGAUGCUAGUUCCCCAAAAUGUUUCAAACCCAUUUCAUCGCUAAACCGAACUAUCCAAACUAAUGCCGCUGGAGCGGAACUAUUGAAUAAUACCGUAGCCAAUCGAUCCACACGUUGCUGGAAGUCGUUCGAUACAUCGUUCACGGAGCAAGAGACGAGCUGGAUAGAGGAAUUACCAUCCUCACCUGAAACGGAUAAUACCAACGAACAAGGACCGCUCAACAUUGAAGAGUUACCUGCUUCGGCUGAAGACAGCAGUUCCAGAAAUCGGCAUUCCUUGGAAAAUUCAUCCACUGUUCCAGCAAAAUCGUUCUACAUCAAGUCGCCCGAGGCUAACAAGAGCAAAAAAAUUCACCUCAGAAGUUCACCGCUGGGAACACUGGAAGCAGCACUGCAUGAGCGAACCUCACGGCAACAUCUUUGGCACCAGGCCAUAACAUUCGGCAAGGUUCAACCUAAUCUCGUCCUAAAACUAGAUACCAUCGAGCGUAUUUUCGGUCGCGUGAUGUUACGAUUCUUCACCACAACAAACGAAACCGAUGAGUGUGUCCGGGAGCAGGUGGAAAAUGUUAUCUUCAUGGAUCAGGGCGAUAAACAGCUGAAAUCGCUUCACGCUGGAAUGGAAAUAGCGUUGGAAUUGGACGAACGGAUAGCGCCUCAUCGUGUUUCGCACAACAAACUGGUACACCUUGGAGUAACGAAGCUAUGUCCGAUGCCAUUUGCCGCCAAAUAAAUACACACA